AUGUGCAUUGCAAUUUGCAACCAGGAGGUUUUGACUGAUAUUCCCGGCUGCGGUUUUGCUUGGUAUGAAAAUGAAAAUCUGCGAAGCAGAGAAAGUAACCUGCGUCAAAAUGUCCGCUGCUACAGUCUCCGACCAUACGCAGCAUCUCCCCCUAAUUUAUGCCUUCAUGGUGGCGGAAACAACGCUCGCAUCUUUUGCGCACAAGAUCGAGGAUUGGGGGCCCAGUUAAGAUCGGACCUUCGCCUCGUCUUCGCACAACCACCCUUUCCAUCUGAUGCGGGAUUCGAUGUUCUUGCGGUUUACAGCCGAUGGGGUCCCUUUCGGCGGUGGUGGCUACGGGGGCGACCCGAGCAUCUAUUCCUGUCACCGUUCGAGAUCAUCCGUGCAAUUGACGAUACCCCUGAAGAUGCAAUACCCCGCGAUGAUGAGGAAGGUGAAACGGGGGAGUGGGUGGCCCUGCUGGGGUUCAGUUAA